GUUGAACGGACGUGUUGAAGUUUCGCGGUUGCUUGUUUCGGUGGUGCUCGCAGCAGCAGCAGCGUUUGUGCAUUCGCAUUCGCAGUCGCAAAUUCGCAUCGCCUCGUCGCUCGUCAGCCCUGGCAACUCAGGCAACUCAAGUUUUACACGUAAAUUCAGAAACGAGGAAGCACGGAAUCGAAACCGCUUGAUAAAACAGUUAUUCUCUACAUUUUUGAACUGGAAGAACUGCAGCGGAUGAAGUGCAAAAAGCGGAAAGUGCUAAAAGUUUGCGGCAUUGAACACUUUUAAUUAUUAUUUACGUUUUGUUUGUGUUUCGUCGAGCAAAGCAAAUGCACAAACUAACUGUCCAGUGUGCAUGUGUGUGGCAAGAGUGCGUGAGUGCGUCGUGAGUGUUGCAAAACGGCUGUUCGCCUAGUAAUUCAAAGCCAAAUGUCACUGUAAAAAUGUCUCAACGAGCAAAUUUUAGGAAAGUCAAGAAAAACAUUCAACGACUUCAAAACCAGCGAAUGCUACAAAAUGCGAAUCAAGAACAUUUAACCAUCUAAAUAUACAAAAUCAAUUUAAUUGAAUCAAAUUUCGCGAAACUGCAACAAAUCAACCUAAAAAUGAACUGAAAACAAAAACAUUUCGAAAAACAACGCAAAAUUCUAAAAUUGGCAACAUAAGUUUUGGUCUUGAAUUAAACACAACAAAAAUAAAUCAACAAAAAACGAUUUUUGGCAACAAAACAUCAUAUAAAAUAAACAAAUUGUAAUUAUCUCAAAACGUCCACACGUGAAAAUGAUUUGCAACUAAGAUGAAAAUCUAAUAAAAUCAAUGUAAAUUUUUAACGCAACAAAAGGAAAACCAAAACCGUCAGCAAAAACCAGCCCAAAAUCAGUUGAAAAGCCGAGGGAAAUCUUUUUAAAACAAACGCAGAAAACCGCAAAAAUUUAAGCCACCAAAUUGGUAAACUAUUCAAAAUUAUUGGUUCGGACAUACGCAAUACUAAACACAGCAACACAACAACAACAACAGCAGCCAUAGCAACUACUACAGUGAUCACUACAGUAAAAGCAACCGCAACAGAAGCAGCAGAUAAAACGUGUGUGUUAGUUUGCAUAAAAAUUUCGUUUCGAUAAAAGCAAAGCAAAAUCAUUUAAAAAAGUAAAUAAAGCAUCAAGUAUAAAAAUUACCAAUCGUAAUACAUGUAUUUAUAAAAUAUAUACCUAUACAUAUAUCUAUGCUUACGAAUUAUAUCGGAGAAUAUUUGGUAAACAAUUUUUGAUAAAAACAACUCGAGUAUAUAUCCUAACUAAUUAGCAACAAAAAGAACUAGAACAUUUGGCCUAAGUGAAAAGAGUGAAGUGAGAAAAACUAAAAAAACUUAGAAAUUCAAAAUUACCACUUGUGAACGGUUUUACAACUGAGGAUUCUGGAUUUGGAUUAAUGCGUAAAUUUGCAAUUGAAUAUUAAGCAUUUGGCGUGUUCGGAGUCGGAUUCAGUUUUGAGAUUCGGUGCUCUCACAGUCUCUGGUUAAGUUUCUAUGCCAACGCCGACACCAAACUUAUCAGCUACGAUUGAAGCAGCAGCGGAAGUGAUUAGAGAACCGGAACGAUUCGCACCGAAAUCGACGACGCACAAGAAAUUAACUAAACAAUUGCAAAAUUCCCUUUGGCUAAGGAUUUGCAGCGGCCGAAUUGCUUUUAUGCUCUGCUGGCAGCUACAAAAUUCCACGAAAUUCCAUUUUGGCAACCCGAAGACAAACAAAUCAAUUUGCAGAGCCGCUGAAAAACAGCAGCAGCCUCAGCAGCCCCAUCACCAAUAUCCGAAAAUAAUUGGAAAACAUCGAAAGCAGCGUCGUCGUUGUCGCCGUUCUGGCGCCCUGCGAACAGCUUGGAUCCUGAGCGCUAAGGACACCGAUACGGACAGAGAUACGGACAAAGAUACGGCCACGGAUCGGGACAGGGCUAUAGCACCACUGCUGGCACCAUGGAUCCGCAGCAGCAGUUCUGCCUCAAGUGGAACAGUUUCUCGUCUAACUUGGCAAUAACAUUCUCCAAUCUGUUCAAAUCGGAUCUACUGGCCGAUGUCAUAUUAUCCUGCGAUGGCGUAGUAUUCAAAGCCCACAAACUUAUAUUGGCGGCCUGCUCAAAGAAGUUCGCCGAUCUGUUUGAGAACACGCCCACAAAUGGCCAGUGCGUCAUCAUACUGGAGGCGACCACGCCGGACAACAUGGCCGCUCUGCUGGAGUUCAUGUACAAAGGCGAGGUCCACGUCUCCCAGGAGGCGCUCAACAGUUUUCUCAAGUCCGCCGAGAGUUUGCAGGUCAAAGGUCUGUCCACGGAAACGGGACGUCUGGCGGCGCAGCAGGCACAACAACACAUGGGCGACCUGUCGCCACUAGACUCGCCGACGGGCAGGCGGAGCAUAAGGAACAGUCUGAGCGGCGGUAGCAGCAUCGUUCCCGGCGGAGUCGGAAUCGGUCUGGGAGGAGGCGUAACGGGAGCCAACUCAAUGCCCGGCAUGGGCAUCGGCAACGGGCUGAGCCUGGCCGGUAUGGCAGCUGGCGGAGGAAUGGCGGCGGCUGCAAAUGCGGCGGCCAGUAGCCUGAGCACCCUAGCGGCCAGCGCGAAUGUCGUUGACAGAUGCGGCAGUGCUGGCGCCAACAUUAUCAGCGGAUCGGCGUCAGGGAUUGGCGGCUCCCACAGCGGAGGAUCAGGCAAUGGCAGCGGCGCAGUUGGAAUCGGUGGCAACGGAGUCGGCAGUGGUGGCGGCAACAAUGGACCCAUUAGCCUGGGAAGCGGCGCGGGCGCUGCUCACCAUCUGGGCGGAUCCACCGGCAUCUUGAAGCAGGAGUGCGACUCCCUGAUGCAUCCGGGUGGCAGCAGUUCCUCUUCCGGAAUGGGCUACACCCAUGUGCCGCCCAUCUACCGGCCUAUUAACUACGAACCUCCGCGCAAGAGGGCCAUAGUCCGCAGUCCGUAUUCCGAGCAGGAGCAGCGCGGUUCCGUCCUGCGGGAUGGCUCCAAGUCCUCCGAGUGCCCCAGCCCCAUCAACAAGCCGCCGUACCACCGUCCCUCGUCCAGCGCCUCCUCCACGGCGCCCACCGAGGCCGACACCAUGCACUCCGAACGUGCAUCGCCACAGUCCAGUCGCUACGAGAACCAUAGUCCCAGCACCACAGCGGGAAAUGGAAACGCCACGAGUAGCCUGGAGCGCAUUGUGAAAUCGGAGCGCAACAAUGGCAGUGCCAAUGAGGCUAAUGACGACGACCGCGAGCUUAUGGAUGAGUCUACAGAUAACGGAGCCGAGGAUCUGCGCGUGAAGCUAGAGAACUUAAAGUACUCACCGCCACCGCCGCCAAACUCGAACACCUCGUCGACCACACCGAAUGCCCUGCUGGAGAACCUGAAGGCGGACGGAACGCUGUCCAGUAACCUGGCCGCGUCGAUUGCGCCGGCGGACAUGUUGAACGUAUGGAACGCGACCAAGAUGAACAACAAGAACAGCGUGAACACGGCCGACGGUAAGAAACUGAAGUGUCUCUACUGCGAUCGUCUGUACGGAUACGAGACGAAUCUGCGGGCACACAUACGGCAGCGUCACCAGGGCAUCCGAGUGCCAUGUCCCUUCUGCGAGCGGACCUUCACGCGGAACAACACGGUGCGCCGUCACAUUGCCAGGGAACACAAGCAGGAAAUCGGAUUGGCGGCGGGGGCAACAAUUGCUCCAGCACACUUGGCAGCGGCAGCUGCAGCAUCAGCAGCGGCUACAGCGGCAGCCAGCAAUCAUUCACCAUAGGAAGCAGCCGCAACAGCAGCGGCAUCAGUAGUCAUGAACGCCAACAAGGAGGCGGCAAAGCAGCGCAAACGUAAAACACUCAAGAUGGCACUGGAGAAGUGCAUGCAGCGACGGGACGCAAUGGUGGCGGAGACCACCACGGGGGCAGGAGAUGGGGCAGAGGCAGGGGAGUCGGGCGAGGCAGUCGACGGGGCAGGGUCGGAAGAGGGAGCCGGUUCAGAGGGCACUGAACCGCUCACCUACGAGCAGCAGCAGCAGCGGAUGCACCAGGAGCUGACGCAGCAGAUCAGGGCGGCCAUGGCGGCGGAACAGGCCGCCGAGGCGAUGGAUUCGACCAUGAACACCACGGUCAACACCACCACGACGACGACCACAACCACAACGAAUACCACUGGCACCACCAGUGAUGGUUGUAGUGACGCGGAGGCCAGCGAUGGUAGCGAUCGACCCAUGGAAGUGGACGAGGACCAGCCACCGGAGCCACAGCCAGGAUCUGAGCUCGUUGUAGUGGAGCCCAAGAUCGAGGUGCUCUCUGAGUCCGAGGACGAGGAGGACCGACUGCACAUGUCCGAAGCCGAACCGGAUAUCCAGGCCGAAGCCAUUUACGAUCACAUGCCCAACACGCCCACCAGCCCCCCACACAUUAUACCGCCCAACGAUACGCCCACUCUGACCUCCACGCCCAAGGUCAAUGUGGAGCAAUAGGAUGAGGAGAAACGAGGAGAUGCCCCCAGAGGAUGCCCCCCAAAGAAGCUGCUUAGAUUUAGGCUAAGAAUCGAUGAAACGACGGAGUGAAAGAUAGACGAGUGAUUUACGCGCGCAAAGAAGAUGAAACAUGACUACUGAUGCAACUGCUGUUGCCCUCGGAGACCACCUACCAAGCUGGACAAGAAGCCCCAAACUGGGCACAUUGAUUACUAUAACUAAACAAGGAACUACCUAAUGAUAAGAUGUACCACACACGUGCACGUGUGCACACCAAACACACAGCAAACAGACAGACAGACAAGCGAACACACGAAGAACGGAAGGCAGAAUUUGAUGACCACCAACCUUUUGCAGGCAUUUUUAUUACGAAUUUGUGUUUCAAGCCAACCACAAGCAGCAGGCACAAGCAAGAGCAACAAAUCCAAACCAAAUUAAUGGCAGUAUGAAACAGGACACUCAAGAAACCAGAAACAGAACCACAAAUAUAGAAUUAAAUGCAAUCCGGCUGAAAAAUCGUUUUCAGGGUGCUAAUCAAACAAUGAAAAACAAAUGAAACUUAAACUAACGAAAUAGUAAUGCAAAAAGUUUGAACGUUUUUGAUUGGUACCGCCCAAAGAGUAGCCAGCAUAGCAAAAACAAAACGUUGAGAAUUUGUUUAUUCGUGUGUGUUAAGGGAGUAGAUCGAUGAUUAGAUUAUUGUCGCAUAUAUUUUUGAUUUCCUAUAGAAACGUCACAGAACUGCAAGUUGCCUCAAAUCAAACGAAACGACAAUGCUAAGCCUAAAAACUGAAUUAAAUAAGACGCGAGUAACUAAGAUAAAACACUGCAAACACAUAGCAAAACAUGCAACAAACAAACUACAGAGCAACAAUAGCAACAACAAAACCGCAACCACAAGUACCUGCAACAAUAAAAUAGUAUAAACAAAAGAAACAAAAUACAGAGUAGAGAAGAGAAACGCUAAGAACAACCUAGGGAGGAGCCAGGAUCCGAGGAUCCUUGAGUGCACCACUUGGAGCAGAUGGUGGCUCCCACUUACCCGAAAGUCUGCCCCUUUGUCCGGUUUUUUUGUACAUAAUUUUAUUAAAUUAAUAAUACGAAAAGGCAAACGGGCCAGGAGUAGGGUUAAGUGAAGAGACCGCUGCUCCACGGCCACCAGGAUUCCAGGAUCUGUGCUCGAGGACAGACGAGUUUUGCUUUAAGGAAGUAACAUUUUGCUUUGUGAUUUUCGUAUUGUUUUAUGGUUUUCCUUCCAGUUUAGGCCUCAAAAUUUUAUACAACUGCUUUUCGGCUACAAAAUCUAAACCAACAUAUUCAAUUCCGUAUUCAGAAGUUUCUAACGAAGUAAAAACAAUUGGUAAAUUGGGUGCCUAUAAGAAAUAUAUAAUUAAAUGACUACUAGUAAAAUUUUAUAAACAAAGAAGAGUAUAUUUAACGAUGAGCGAGAAAAGCAAAUAGCAAAGAAAACGUAAAGUAAAUAUAAUUAUUUUUUAAUUGAAUAAUUCUAGCCAAGUGUGAAACAUGUUAAUUAACAAACGCAAAUAUUACGCAAAAACCACUCAAAAACGUUCUCAAAAACUUGAUAGCAACAACAAAGGCAACAAACAGCAAUAAUUACAGCAACCAAACGAAAUUCAAAAUCAAACUUUUGGCACACCUUUGGAAAACAUUUUUCGUACAAAUGAAAAUUCACCAAAAAAAUCCAACCAACAAAAAUUCAAAAUUCCUUUUUUCGGCGCUUAUAAUUUCGAUGGCUAAUGAAGGGGGAAAGGAUUGACUUUCCCCACGUCAAAUAACAAAUCUCACAAAGAAAAGCUGUAAAAUACUGAACAGAAGUAAACCAUUUUGUUGUAAGCGAACGAGAAACCUAGAAUGGAAAUCUAAGAAAAAUGCAAUGGAAAAUAUUGAGAAAAUCUGCCAAGGCUACCAAGUUAAGUUCUUGACCUGUAAAUACAUUUAUUAUUGCUAUUAACGCAUAUAUAUCCAUAGCAUGUGUAUGCGUGGCCCCAGUUGUAUAAUGAUAAAACCUAGAUAUAAUAUGUAUUCGUAUACCUGUAAACCUAUACCUAAACUACUAAGCGCAUAUGUAGGAACACACUAGGCUCGCCAACGGAGAGGAGAGAAGAGAUGAGUAGGGUUUUAUUUGAUCAGGGCCCAACUGAAUUUCAAUUGUGAAACUGUCUUCAUUUCCACGUUUUCGUUAGCCAGGCAAUAGACUAGAAGCAGUCCAUAGCAGUCCAUAAAAUAGCCAAAUGUUGAAUAUGAAACUACCUUUAUUAACUGUUGAACCACAAGACACACCGCACACGAGACACACUAUCCAUAGAAGAUGCAGAUGCAGAUGCAGACUACCAGUGUCACACGGUCCCCAGUUUGUUCUGUGAUAUCGUUUUCAAGUUGCAAACGAGUGGCGUUUAGUUUCGUUGUUUUUUCAGUUCUUUUUCGUUUUACGAAUAAGUUGUCAACUCGAAUUUUAUUUGGCAUUCGUGUUGGGCUGAAAGGCAAAUUCAAAGCAAUAGCAAUAUCUGAACCAAACUACCUCUUCGCAUCCAAGCAGACUUAACCCCUGGUUGCCGGUCCGACCUUGCACACCCCCACCAGCGUUCGCUGGAGUCUGAAUUACAUUUUAUUUUUAAGUACGUUGGUGGGGAGCAGGAGCUCGGAUUUUGGCGCUGGGUCAGCCAUCAGUCAGUAAUUCAAUCCGUCAGUCAGUGAAUCAAUCAAACAAUGUUUAAUAGUAACUACUUAGUUGUCGGGGGUUAAUUGGAGUAACCAGCACACCUUAGUUGAUACACACUACCUACUUUUAGUUUACGUUAACUUAGUUCUUAGUUGCGCUUUGCGUUUCGUCUUACUAUUAGAGUCUAAUCAAACUCAGGAACUCAUAUACCUCAGGAAAGAACCUACCUCUUUGUGUUUUUAAUCUUGUUUGAACUAUUUUUAUUAUUUUAAUUGCUACGAUUAAAGAGUAUAUUUUAUUUUUCGGUUUGCAUGGGACAAACAAACAGAGGACGCGAGCAAAAACACAGAAUGUUUCGCUGUAAUCGAAGAUGCUAUCAAGAAAGCUUUAGUUCUUAGUUCGAUUAUCGGUUAGCUAGCUAGUGGCUAAGUGGCACCUAAGUUUAGUGAGGACUAAUUUUAAAUGCAAAAGACACAAUCACACAUGAACACACAAUAGCAAUAAUAAGGGAAACCAGACCAGAUCGAACUGCAAUAGUAAACUGAACUACCUCAAUUAGCCAUAGACUGCGCAGUGACGAGAUGAGCAUGAUACCACAUAUACUUAUACUUCGUUACCACUUCGUUUUAUUCUUUUUGUAAAAUGGUGACACAUAUACAGACCCUCAUAAACUCAGACCCACACAGUGAAGAUCCUUUGGAAUAGGAUGAGAAUAGAAUGUAUCGGUGGAAAACCACUCUUACUGAUUACAGAUUUCCCCAAACGUCUAGUUUUCAUGUAAAUAUGCGCUGAGCACACAGAGCCCACAAAAUUCAGGCAAAACAAAACAAAACAAAAAACAUUUAAUGUAAAACUACGAGAAUAUAACUUUGGCUAAACCCUAAUUAUACGAAAAUAUCCAAAACUUUUACUAUGUAUGUGUAGAGAGCAGACGAUGUAGGCGAUAUGUGACCAGGAUUAAGAUCAUUUGUAUACAUCAAUUUCGGCAAAGCAACUGAAUGAGGCAAACCAAACAAAAACACGAGAAAAGCGAGAAAAGCGUAACUCUUUAUAAUCUUACUGUAAACAAAAAUACAAAGAAAUUAUUUAAGGCUACAAAAUUUACCCCAAAAAGGAAUGAAAAUCCACAAAAAAAUUAAGGUAUGGUAUACUUUUGCUUGAGCCAAGUCCAAUGGCAAAUCACAAGAUUUGAGCAAAAAAAUUGCAUUAAAUUAAAUUCAAAGCCAACCCAACACGGUUAUAAAAAUUAAUGAAAAAAGAAAUGAAAAAAAUCAUUUUGCUAAACGAAGAUAAAAAAUGUUCUAAAAGAAACUUGCGUGAAUAAGCAAACUUUACAAAACAAACAUUUUAGGCUUAACUUUUGGCUAAAGAAAACAUAAAAAUUAUAACAAAUAUUAGGCACAGGCAACACUCUAUGUACGUGCAUCAAUUAUACAUAAAUAUUUAUUUAAAAACGAAAAAGCAAAAAUACUUUUAUCUGUAAUCAGAUUUUAGGCCCCACUUUUCGACAAGCGGCGUAAAAUAAUUUCUUUGUAAAAUAUGUUUGCAAGCUAAACGAGAAUCGAAAGGAAAAUCCCAGAAAGCGUAAUUAACUUAAUCUAAAACUAAAAACACAAAUGUCGCCAUUUUGCAUUUAGAGCGUACAGUACAGUAAAGCACACGAAACGUGGACGAAAUGUCACGAGAUCACACAAUUAUUGUACAUAAAAUAAAUUAAACAAGAAGCAUUGUGUAUUGUAAAUUCGUAACUUUUCAGUAAUCCUUAGUUACGUUUACCUUGAGUUGUAUAAAUUAAUUAGUAAGCAAAUCCGUAAACAGAAUUGAAACUGUAACAAGGAUACAAAUAUAAUAAAUGUAACUAUAUAAAUAAUAGUGUGCACACGUACAAAACAAAAUUUAAGUUCAAUUUAACGUGAAGUUUAGUGCACCGAACAUUUUGUAAGAGCUCGAUGUAAUUUUUGUUAUAUAUUUUUGUUAGUAAUUGUUUUUCUAUUAAUAUCUAGCGCGAAAUGUCAACAAGCAAAUAACACGAAAGCCCCUCAACAAGCCAAUUGUACUUACGAUUACUUUUCGAUUCGAUAUGAUUUUGUGACCCCUUCAACAGAACGAACUACCCAAUCCCCAUCCCAAUCCGCCCCAGGAAACACUAUUAUGCUUACUUUACCUAAGUUAUUUCAAAUAACUAUAAAAUAAUAAAAGGAAAAGCGAAAAGCGAAAAGCGAACACUGCAUGCACCAACCCAGUUUAAGUUAAGUGGCAGGAGAUGUAAUAUAUAUUUUGUAUGAUUUGAAGUUCUGUUCGAUCGCAACAAAUUGGCUUGUUUACGCAUUACAUUAUACACAUUUUUCUAAUUUUUCUAACAAUUAUACGAUAAAACCUAAAUUUAUAAUCUAUAAACACGUAAAUGCUAAAACAAAAUGCAACUAAAUAAAUGUUAAACCCCAGAAAAAAAACACAAACCACUCCCAAUUGGCAAUUUUAUUGGUUAACCAAAUUAAACACAAAUCCAAACCUCCCAUUCCCACAGUACUGACAGCAUUUCGGACUCGAUUGACCCCAAAAACAUAAAUGUAACGAAAUAUGUAUACUAAAGUUUACGACUAUCGAAAGUAAUUUAAUGAAAAAAUCAAUGUGUUUAGGCCUAAGCAACUUUACAGUUCAGUUCAAUGCGAAAUUUGAAGAUGAAGCUAGUUGUAUGUACGCCAUAGUAUAUGGCAUAUGGUAUAUACCCCAUAUAUAGAGCAUUCCCCAGUCUCCCCCUGCCCCUCAGUGUGUAAAUCAAGUUGUUGUAAAUUUGUCUAACACGAUGGAUCGAAGGAAGUACAAAUUAUAUUUAAUGUGUGUAUUUUGAUUGUUUUAUUUGAACCCACGCUUUGGUUUUCCCAUUCAAAUUUCGUUCGUAUUGCGUAUAAGUCACACUUGAAAACUACAAAAACUUUUGGAACAAUGACGAGUACAAAAUUUCAGGAAAAACAAACGAAAUUUAGCAGAUAAAUUAAAAUUAAAUAAAUAUAUAUAGAGGCGAGGUAUCGAUAGAGAGGAAAUCGUACAAAUUUUUCGGCAUAAAUAUAAAGUUAAAAUUUUAAGCAAGGCUGUCGGUCAAAAAACGAGCAGUUGGUGUGACUUUUUAGGAUUGAAGUUAAGUUUCCACACAGAUUAAACCCCUAUGAUUUCCUUUAUUUGGACCAAUUAUUUUUGAAAUUAGAAAGCAACAGCACUUGAGUUACACAUGAAAGUUACCACGAAGAACUAUUCGAUUUACUUUGUUCUGAACUGAAAAGUUUUCGAAUUACCCAAACGAAAUUUUAACCACUUGAAUUCAAAAAAGACGACAACGGUCCACUUGCGAGGGAAUUUCGGAAUGAGAAGUACUUUACGUGCAUAAGGUUUAACGAAAAACAAAAAAUAGUUUUAAAAAAACGCAAAUCCGUUUGGAGCAAACUCAGGGCAUUAUCAAGACUCACGACGAUGUAUACAUGCAUUUAAUACAAAAAAA